AUGAACAUAAGAUUCUAUUUUUACUAUCUCCUCAUUUUAAUUUGCAAUGUAGGGCUGAUAGAUGCUUAUGAAAAAGAAGCAAGAGAAAGGAUUCGACCACCUGAUUUGAUGCCUGCUCCACCGAGACAUAAAGGUGACGAUGAAAGGCAGCCACAUUACGAUCAUUGGCCGUAUUCUUAUGGAAAAAACAUUGAUAAUAGUCCGGCGUACAACCUCACUGAUUUGAUAGAAAGCAGAAUAAUGCGCAAGUUCGGAAACGCUUGCAGGAUAAACGUCUUAACAAGUGGAUCGAUCUCUCUAGCCAGCAAUUCACCACAUUCACCUGUUUAUAAUUAUACUUUAAGUUAUCCAUCUUUUUUGAUCCGCUGUGGUAAUGACAGUACAAGUCCCAAUUUCUCCCAUAUUCUAAAGAACCUUGCUUAUGAUAUGAGAAACAAAUUAAGCAUUAAGGAUGACAGUAACAAGUACGUAGGAAAAGACCCAUUUCCUCUAGGGAUGAUAAUGAUUACUUUUGCUUCCGGAUGUAUAUGUGUGGCAACAUGGAUGCUUUUUUUGAUUGUUUUAUUACUUCCAUCUGAUAAUCAUAAUAGAAGGAAAAAACUUGUGCAUAUUUACGUACUUUUUUCGGCGAUUACAAGAACGGUAUUCCUUAACGAAACUAUUGCCGUUAUAUUUGAUAGUCAGUAUCACGAUGACUACCAGGAUGCUAGUCAAUUUGAAACCUCCAUUGUGGAAACUUCUCCGUAUAAAAUAUGUGAUUUAGUUUCAAAUAUAUUGAGUAAUAUAAACUGGAUUUAUAUUGUUCAUUACUUACAGUCUAAUUAUGGAAAGCAGACUUGGAAUUGGAUUCCAUUCAAAAUGAAAAAGGGAAGUCAUCUUAUAAUUAUCGUGGGUUGCUUCCUUUCACUGGUUGAAAAUGUCUUACUUGGAAGUCUUCUUUGGAGAAAGGAUUUUAUUAUCCUAAGGAUACUUCACAAGGCGAUCGAACUACUGGCAUACACAAUUUUUAUCUCCAUUAUCUGUUACUUCACCUGGCAUAAUUUUGCUUACAUUCUUCUACCGAAAACUGCUGAAACUAGUGGGGAUAGUAAGUAUAAGACCAAACUGAGAAUUCUUUGGGAGAACUAUCACGAAACAAUACCAUUAUUGGGAUAUAAUCUUUUGAUAUUUAUCUUAUUCUAUUUUACAACAAUUUUUUUCGCCACCUUCACUCUGCAUAUUAAAGGAUGGACUUUUAGUUUUGUUUUCUUUUUGAGAGUUUUGAUAACAGUGAAUGUUUGGGGUUUAAUUGGUGUAUUGGAAAAGAGGGAACUACAUAUAAGCAAAAAAACUGUACUUGGAAGAAAGAUUAACAACAGAGACAAGUUCUUUGCCAAUCCAGCGAUAAAUUAUUACGAAGACGAUCUAGGCAAGCACGUAAGCUCCACGUUAAAUCAGGAGCUAAAUCCUACUAUAAGUAAUACUAAUUCACAUGGCUCGUCAAGUAUAGUGAUUUCUCCUUCGCCUAUUUGGAAAUCUCCGAUUGAAAGAGUAAGAGAUAGGAGAAGAAGACGUAAGAUAAUGAAAACUGAGAAUAAACUCGGACAAAGCUCCAGUUUUGGAGUUAAAUCGAUUACCAAAUCUAGUACUAAAGCAGCUCUAUAUAAAUAUCGACAGCUACUAAGGAAGCCUAUGCGAAAAGCUAACUCGUAUGAAAGAAGACCCCAGAUUGGGUCAAAUAAAAAAAGCUUGACUGUUAGGGCAGGAAUCGAUAGUCAUUCUAGAGGUUCCAGUUACCCAGCGACAGACUUCAGUGACAGUGAAAGUGUGGAGACUGAACUUCGAACCAACCACAUUUAUAAUUACGAAAGCAGUGAUUAA